AUUCAAGAUGUAGUGCAGGUGAGAAACUAUUUAGCUGCUCUGAGUGUGAGAAAACAUUUGGCAAGAGUCGAAAUCUGAAGAUACACAUGAUGAUUCACACAGGAAAGAAACCUUUCAGCUGCUCAGUCUGUAAGAAAUCUUUUGGACGGAGGGAAACUUUAAAGAGACACAUGGUAACUCACACAGGAGAGAAACCUUUCAGCUGCUCAGUCUGUAAUAAGUAUUUUUCAGUGGGUGGACAUUUAGAGAGACACAUGCUAACUCACACAGGAGAGAAACCUUUCAGCUGCUCUGAAUGUGGUAAAACUUUCACUCUAAAUGGAAAUCUGAAGACACACAUGAGAUUCCACACAGGAGAGAAACUUUUCAGCUGCUCAGUCUGUAAUAAAUCUUUUUCAGUGAGUGGACAUUUAGAGAGACACAUGCUAACUCACACAGGAGAGAAACCUUUCAGCUGCUCAGACUGUAAUAAAUCUUUUUCAGUGAGUGCACAUUUACAGAGACACAGGCUAACUCACACAGGAGAGAAACCUUUCAGCUGCUCAGAAUGUGGUAAAAGUUUCACUGAAAGUGGAAGUCGGAAGAAACACAUGAGACGUCACACAGGAGAGAAACCUUUCAGCUGCUCAGAAUGUGGUAAAAGUUUCACUGAAAGUGGAAGUCUGAAGAAACACAUGCGACGUCACACAGGAGAGAAACCUUUCAGCUGCUCAGAAUGUGGUAAACGUUUCACUGAAAAUGGAAGUCUGAAGACACACAUGAGAUUCCACACAGGAGAGAAUCUUUUCAGCUGCUCAGUCUGUAAUAAAUCUUUUUCACGUAGGGGACAUUUACAGAGACACAUGGUAACUCACACAAGAGAGAAACCUUUCAGCUGCUCAGUCUGUAAUAAAAGUUUUGUGCUAAAUGCAGAACUGAAGGUGCACAUGGUAAGUCACACAGCAGAGAACCCCCUUUAGUUGUUCUGGUUUUGAUGAAUUUGACAUUAAUUGCACUCCCUCACCUGUCAACAAGACCCUGAGAUACUUGACCUCCCUCUCUUGGGGCAGUGACUCAUUUCCAACUUGGAGAGCGGUAUCCACCGAUUCCCUGCAGAGAAACAUGGCCUCAGACGCGGAGGUACUGACUCAUCCUGAUGGCUUACCACUAAGAGUGUUGUACUUUCAGAUAUCGAUAUACUUGCAUGUAAUCCCAUAUUGCUUAGAGACGUUUCAAUUAUUGAAUUGCUUUAAUGUUUGACUUUCUAUCAUUCAUCAAAAUGUGAUCAUACGUGCUUAUAAUGUUGACUGUUAUGUUAAAGCUAAUGAAUUAAGUGAACUUUGGGUUGAACUCACUCUGACAUGAUUGAAUGACAGCCAGCUGAGGAGAAAGAUUGUAAAUUCAAAAACUAACUAUUGUCUUAGUUAGGGGACAUCCUGUUCAGUGAGAGCUAGACAGACACCUUCUACAAAGGAGGGGGCUAGCAGAAAAGCAUUCAACUUAGAAAGUAGGUAUGUCAGAAGGGAUAGGACUGUUGGAACUGUUUUGUCCACUGAUUUAAGAAUGUUCUGUUGUCUACCUUAUAUGGACCCGGAGGUUGCAGAAAGCGCCAACGAGAAGGGUACCAAUAGGAGACAACAAAGGAUCGAGGCUUCUGGACGCUAUUAUCUAUUAUUUCAUUUUUAUUACUCAUUUCUUUAACCUUUUUCUAAACUUACUGUAAAAACCAAAUAAAACUGGAUUGUAUUUUGUGCAUUCCAACCAAAGUCCAGUGUUGCUUGUCUCUGGUGGGGCCCUCGUAGUCUCCUCAAGGUGAGGGAGCUCUUCCCCUGGGAUAGGCUGACAGUUGUACAUUUAUUAGACAUGUGAUCUGAAUGACAUUCCUGUUACAAGCCAAGGUUAAGGUGUUGUUCAGCAUUGUUGUGAUUUACUAACUUUGUUGGCUCAGAUUGAUUCUGAAGCUCUGCUAAUGUAUCUGAUGUGAUGUUGCAGUGUUGGUUAAUAAUGUUUAGACAGUAGCUGAAGUGCAUUAGGAAGC